AUGGAAGGAUUGCAGGAGGAUAGACGAGGAGGAGAACAAAGAGGUCUUGGUGUCCAGGGCCAAGUAAAUGACAGAAAGGACCACACUGCGGUGGAAGGACCUGCAUUAGUAUCUGGUCCUGCAGACAUGGAGGGGUCCAGUGACAAGCUCUUCUGCUGCAGGUGGAUGCGCCACCGGGUUUCCCUGGCCCACAGAGAAGAACUAUACCACAUCCUGAGGAUGACAGGGCCUCUGCUGCUCUCUCGAAUCCUCCAUUACAUGCUGCCGUUUGUGGUUACAAUGUUCUGUGGGCGUCUGGGAAAUGAAGUGAUGGCUGGCUACGGAUUAGCUUCUGCUACCAUUAAUGUCACCACAGCAGCAACAGGAACUGGGCUGGGACUGGCGUGUGACACUUUGGUGUCUCAGACAUUUGGUGGUAAGAACCUGCAGCGGGUGGGAGUGAUCCUUCAGCGGGGCAUCAUCAUCCUGCUGUUGUUCUGUCUGCCCUGCUGGGGUCUGCUCAUUAAUGCCCAGCCCAUCCUGUUAUGUCUGGGCCAGAACCCUGAAGUGACCAGAAUAGCGCAGCUGUAUAUUACAGCCUUUCUUCCUGCCGUACCGGCAAUGUUUCUACAUGGGCUUCAGGUGUCUUAUCUGCAGAACCAGGGUAUAAUACUGCCACAGAUGUACGCUGCUGCCAUGGCAAACAUAGCCAACGUGGUGACGAACUACAUCCUUCUACACUGGCUGGAUCUUGGUAUUAGCGGAUCUGCAGCAGCCAAUACUUUGUCUCAGAUUUACAUCUGCGCUUUUCUGUUUGCUUACAUUUGGUGGAAGAAGCUACAUGUAAAAACAUGGGGAGGCUGGUCUGUAGAAUCGCUGCAAGAGUGGGGCUCCUACAUGAAACUAGCCUUUCCCAGUACAUUAAUGACGUGUUUUGAGUGGUGGGUUUAUGAGUUUGGAGGAUUCUUUGCAGGAAUGCUGGGUGAAGACGAGCUGGCAGCCCAGCAUGCUGUGAUAAUGGUGGCUUUCAUUACCUACAUGUUCCCUCUUGGUAUUCAAGCCGCCGCAUGUGCCCGAGUGGGAAACGCUCUCGGUGCAGGAGACACUGCCAGGGCGAUCCUCACCACCAAGGUGUCAUUUGCUCUUGCAGGUAGCAUUGCAGUUGUUGAAGGUGUUGUGCUCGGCUCGACUAAAUCAGUGAUUGGCUUCAUCUUCACCUCUGAUGAGAGGAUCAUAGGUCUGGUCUCCCAUGUGAUGAAUGCUUACUGUUUCCUUCAAUUCUUUGAUGGUCUUGUUUGUGUGAGCAUGGGCAUCUUCUUGGGCACUGGAAAACAGAAGAUACCAGCUGUGGCCAACUUCAUUGGAUACUACGCCAUAGGACUUUCACUCAGCAUUACUUUAAUGUUUGUUGCAAAACUGGGAAUUUUGGGUUUUUGGCUGGGACUGCUCAUUUGUGUCAUCUUACAUUCCACUUUCUACAUUAUUGUCAUAUUCAAGUUCAACUGGAAGCGAAUGACAGAGGAGGCCGUGAAACGAGCUCAGAAAAAGGCACACAUGACAUUAUUAAGCACAACGGCCAAGUCAGACGACCAGACAGCAAGUAAUGGGAACUCAGUGGAUGGCUACAUGUCUGUGAGCCCUGAGUGCCAUGAUGGGAACACGGAGACAGAGAGUGGACAUGUGGUCCAGCAGCUGAAGGGUGGCCGUCUCUCCAUAACCCAGCUGAUCCUCAGGCGAGGCCUCGUUGUGUUUGUAGCAGUUGCACUUCUCGCUGUGGGAGCAAGUGUGCACUUCCUGGUGCCAUUGCCAAAGACCCUGCCUUCAGAGGCCAACUUUACUCUGGACAAUACAACAUAUACUAAUCAAAUUCUCUCCACUACGCUGGUCCCACUAGAAGGAUAACCUUGAGGUCCUUGAUCAUAAAAUCAU